AUGAAGAAAACCCGCGAAUUGAAUUUUAUCUUCUUCUCUGCCGUCAGCGUUGAGUCCAGGCGAGUUGCGCUGGCCACUAUCGCUACGCCAAGCCGAGCUGACGCGCCGAGGCGCCGGCCAGUCGCAGCCGUGAGGCAUGCCACAGCAGGGCACGAUAAGCAAGCCGACCUCGGCAGGAGCGGCGCGAGGGAUUGCGGCGCGCCGGAGUGGCAAGACGAAUCGAUCCCAACGGACGCAGACGACGGGGAGAGCAGCACCGUGGGCGACGACAUGCCUAUCAACGGAGGAGACAAUAGGGGGCUCCGGCGUGAAAGAGCUAUCGAAAUCGACCUUGACCCAGCCGAUUCCACCGAUGUCGACGUCAUCACCUCCGCGGCUACCGCGCUUUCGCUCGACGACACCGUGGAGAAUCGUACCGAGGACCUUGCCGAGGCGAUGGGCCGGAUCACGUUUUGGACCCCGACCCCGCCGUGGUGA